UCUGUUUUCACAGGAAAUUUAACGUUUACAUACAGUCUCUUUCAAAGUAAAUGCACCAUGUCGGUACAACACCGCCAAUUGACGCUUUUUUCCCUGAACAACAAAAACACAUGGUUAGGUUUAAGAAAAAAGAGGAAUCUUAUGGGACAUGAACACCGCUCUCUCUCAGGUGAAAGUCAACCCAUCCACCACCCCUCCUGCCUGCUCCACUUGGAUAGCCAUGUUAACUUUCGUCCUUGUCCAGCUGCAUUUCCCCCUGAUGCUGUUGGGCGCCGUUAAACUAUAAUGACAACCAGCCGCUUAUUGUGCCGAUGUUAAAAGGACGCCUGUUUUCAUUGGUUUCUUAUGCCACAAGUUACUGCCGAAGCGCCAGAUUUCGACGACUUCAGAGUGAGGCCGCGCUCAUUCUGCGCAGGCCUGGCUCUUCUUGAAUGAGCCUAGUGUUUUUUCAUGUGGCAGGUUAGCUCACUUUACAGUCCUCUACAUAGAACUCCCUAUGUAGUGAGUAGGGAGUGAAUUAUUUCGGACACAGCCCUGGUCUCCUUGCAGGACGCCCCGGUGAGAAAGCAGCUCAAUUUUGAGCCAUGAAUCCCCUUUAGCAUGGUUAACUACUGUUAGCUCUGUUAGUGCCGUUAGCAGUGACAGCACAUCUAGUGGUGCUAACAGAGUUAACAGUGCCAAAGGGAUUUAGCAGCUGAAAAUGAAGCCACUUACUCACCAUGGCUACCUGGAUAGAGACCAAAGGGUGGCCACCAUGUACUGCAGCAUGUCAUGCCAUCACCUGGAUGGGUUUAACUAGUGGUAAUCACUGACUGAGAGGCAGGGUGAUGCGUGCUGCAGAGUGACCAAGGCUAACGCUAGCUAAUCAGUGGAGACUGGAUGGUGGGCACUAUGUUUCCUCAUGUUAACGUGGCUAGCUGGCUGUCUGUCAGCAAAGCCAACAAAAAAUAAAAUAAAAGGCAACAUUUACAUCGGAAAACAUUAUAGUUUUACCAUUUCUGAAUGGUUAUUGCUUUGAUAUGCAGCCCUAAAGCUCACAGAGUCAAUGAAGGCUUCUAUUUCUGUUUUUUUUUCCUUAAAAAUGAAUCUGUUAGUUAGCAGUUAACGAGUGUGAGUGUGAAUCUGUAGUUUGACUAGUAUUUAAAUGUAUCAAAUAAAUGUAGGGUAGAGAAAAGAACAUGGAGGAGAAGAACAAAGUAGCAGAACAUGGAAAUACUCAAAGAACAAUUACAUCAAAGUUAUACUUAAGUACAGUACUUGAGAGUAAAUGUACUUCGUUACCUUCCACCACCACUGCAAACUGCAGAUUCAGACUAAUAAUAAAAAAAAAUAACGAACAAAAGACUUCCCUGCUACCUGCAAAAAAGCCCCACAUUUACCAGCCUCAACAUCAAAGUGAUAAACACAUUAAUGCAUCAGUAGUUUUAUUUGAUCUGAAAUGGACUGUUCUGCAUGACAGGUACCACCUGCUGAUGUGGCAAGUAACUGCACCUCACACAUAUAUUUUUUUACAGAUCCUGCUGCAGUAGGAAUUGGACAAAAUUAUGCGAAGACACAAAUGUCAUAUGACCCGCAAACUCACAGGAAGCGAUCCACAAAUGUGCAAAUCCAGUUUCACGUGUAAAAAUAGAUCCACAAAUGUAUAAAUAUGACUCCAUGUGUAGUUGCUAUGGCGAAACUCUUUAUGUUGGUAAUACCUGGACAUUUGUAUGUGUAAUUUAAGUACGUGUUUACAGAGUAAGUUAUGUGCAUUUGCAAAUCACGCUGUACUUUUGUGGAUAUGACUUUAAACAACACAAAUGUAGUUUGUAUAAUGGUAUAAGCAUUUGUGGAUCAUGGUACAUGUUUGUAGAUUGUCUUGUGUGGGUUACAAAUAAAAAGGUCCAAUAAAAACCUCCAUACGAUUUAGUAGGUGCUGCCAUCGUACAGUUUGCAUACAUUAAACUUGAUGUCGUACCCAGGUUUAUUAAAUCCAUGUUGCCCAGUGUAACCGCACUGAUCUUAUAUGAUUGCUAAAAUCUCAGUCUGUAGGAUGCUUUAGUGGGAAAUAUGUCACUGCACAGAAGCUAAAGACACUCUAACUUCUGUUUCAAAAGGACUUUUUGUACCUUUAAUAAUAUUUUCACAUAACUUAAUAGUUUCAGUUUGAACUACUUAUGUUGGAUGUUUUUAAAUUCUGCCUGAAUUCUUGCUAGCUGAGUCUGAGACUUCAUGAAACCACUUAAACAACAUUUAUGCUCUGAAAUACUUUUUGUCUUUGUUUGGCUUUGCUGACAGCGUCAAAUCAAACCACAACUAACUCGGUUGGAUGUCUUUUUUUUUUCGUGCAUGUGUGGGUGAGUUGGCUGGUGGUUAAUGUGGGGGGGACAUUGCUGUAAGCACAUUUCUGUUUGCUGGAAGUUGUUCAGACUUUGUUAAAAACCACUUUCACAAAGCUAUUAAAUCCCAAUAGUGUUUGUCUGCACCACAUCCUGGUACGAUAAAGCUAUUGCUGUCAGAGCCUUACAGACAAUAUUUCAUUUAAUUUCAUAAUACAGGCGUUAUUAGAGGGCAAAAUGCUUGAGCGGGACUGAGCAAUUGAUCACAUUUUUUGAGAGUAUUUCUCUCUUUUGUGACUUGCAAAGCAGGAAAUGUAAAAAUGUAAAAAGCAAAGUGGAGCCAAAAAUAUACUUUCACAUUCAGCAGAUAAAAGCCAUUAUUCUGGUUUGGUCAAAGUGCACAGACAUGCGAGGUGCAGCUGCAUGACAGAAAAGUGUGAAAACCAGAAGAGCUUUUCCUGCCUGACAGUCUCUCACACACUCGUUUGCUGCUGCAGCCUGCUGCACCCUCACCAACCCUCGACACACACAGGUGCCCAUCUUGCAGGCAACAUGGAGAGGGAGGGGAUGCUGGUAUGGUCUAUUUACUACGGGAGAAUUGGAAGCGAGGCCACAGAGAGGCUGCUGGAACGGUUUGGACACGAUGGCAGCUUUCUGCUGAGAGACAGCGAGACUAUGCAGGGGGCCUACUGUCUGUGUGUGAGACGAGCACCGUUUGUGUACACCUACAGGCUCGUGCACUCCACUGACGGCUGGGGUCUUCAGCAGGAUUCAGGAGUCAGACUUCAGAGGUUUCAGACCUUGGAAACACUGAUAGAGAGCUACAGAAGGGGUACAGCCUCUGAUGUCAGUAUAACCCCCCUCACAGACCCUUUGUACAAAACACAGCUACAGUACCCCAGCUUGGGACAAGAGUUUGUCUACAUGGAAACAUGUAGAAGCGGCCGCUCUGUCUAUUGAGGCCAUGCCUUUAGCCCGGCACACCGGCUGACUCCAUUUAUCAGGUGGACAAACAAGACGGCAGAAACAUGCAGCACAUCAAGAAUCUGUGUUCUGUCUGUCAGACGUUUUAUAUUUAUUUUUUUAAUCAGUGUUUAUGUGGCUUUAGAAUCAGGUUACUUGACAACAAUAUGAAAAAGAGGCCACUGUAGUUUGUGCAAACCAUGUCAGUGUCAAGUAGGUUAAGUAUUUCCCCAUGUGGGCCACAUACCGCCAAACUGGUGCCCUUUCCGUCCCCGGGGCGUUAUAUGAAAGUCACUGAAAUGUUUUUAAAAUUGUUGUCCAAGUGAGUGUGGAAACUUUUUUGUUGUUGUUGUAGAAAUACAUGCUAUCACACACUAUCUCUGUUGCUGUGGUUUUAUUUCGACCAUGUGUGGUCCGUCUGUGCGUGCGAGGGAGGCUGUGUUUGCCUGUCAGUACUAAAAUGGGUUUCAAACUAGUGGCCAGGUCAUCUGUGUGCAUUAUGAUUUUUUUUGUGCUGCAAAAGAAAGACAUUUUUACAUACUUUAAGAUGUUUUUUUUCUUCUACAAACAGACAGAAAAGUUUUAUGCCUUCAUGGGGAAGUCAUACUCAGGUACAGUGAUCGUGAUCUCUCGUGAUCUACACUCAUUUUUCUCCAUGUGACUUUACGUAUUCAUUUUUGCAACAGAAGGUUCUUCUCAUUCACUGUGAUACCCGACCUACAUUUUUGGGUCUUACAACAAGCUCCUACUGAUCUACUGCUCAUGUAGACAUGGUCAAGACACCCUGCUUAAGUUCGAACCCAGCAUCAGAAUGGGGAAGAAAGGGAAUUUAGGUGACUUUGAACGUGGCAUGGUUGUUGGUGCCAGACAGGCUGGUCUGAGUAUUAUUGGCUUUUUGUGUUUUUUUUUUUUUUUUGUGUCUGUUUUUAAUCUGUUAUUGUCCUGUUUAGGCUCCCGUAAAGAGUGUUCUCACUGGACCACCCUGUGUACAUAAAUGUUGAAUAAAUGAAAUGACUUUAAAUAAACACGUGAAAAUAUA